AUGGCCGAAUCCCCGCGCUCUGUCCGCAGAAGAACAAACCUUUCUACGUCGCAGCCUUGGUCGGACCAGGACAGAACCAUGCUGUGGCAGCUGCGCCAGGAGCUCAGUCACCUGACCUGGACGCAGCUCUAUGAAGUCGUUGGACCCCAGUUUCCCGGUCGAUCCAAGUCUGCCAUAACUCAGGAGUGUCAAAAAAUGGAAAGGGUCGAUGCUGAACGACGAAUGCAAUCCAUUAAGGACAGAAGGAAUGGACAUGCCACUGCUUUCAAGCCUGCCAAACGUCCCAUGGGAGACAGUUCAGAAUAUCUGAAGCGUCGACUGCCAAAAGAACCCAGACUAUAUGAUCAUACCGCGGAUGAAAGCAGUGACGACGGCGGAGAUAUUGAGUUCAGUGGCCAAAGGCAACCAAGUCUAUCACGUCAGUCGCCGGCUGUACCGCGUCCCCACGAGAACCCUCUCCAUGGCCCGAUGAGUGUACAAUCCUUCCGGCCGCAACAGCACAAGAUGUCCGAAAUACAACGCAAAUCAAAGUCACAUACUUCCCCUGAUGGAGUAAGAACUCCUGCGCCCGACGAAGCUUCAAAGUCUAGGCCAGACAUUCGAUCUCACACCUACCCUUUACAGCGCCGUUCAGCCGAGAGGAUGGCAUCUGCCACCUCUCAAGCCGAUAUCCAUACUAUGUCACCAAGCAUUCCUCAAUCCCGGUCAAACCAUGCAGUUACCAUAGCGGGAGAUCCUACAUUAACCCCACAAGCAACUACGUUACCAAAUACGCCCAAUAGUGAUGUCACUCAGGCCGCUAAUUCUAACUGCCCCAUGCCGAGCCAUUCAUCUCUGCAACUACCACCAAAGCCGCCCACCCCACAAUCAACCACCCAAGAGCCAACCCAUCAACAAUCAACCCCCCAGCAGCCAACUCAUGAAAAGCCAAGUCAUCAACAGCCAACUUAUCAACAACCUGCUCCCCAACCACCACCACCCACCUCGCAGCCACCAUCACCGCCAGGCGAGCCUAACAAGCAAUAUAUAGAGCAGCUAACUGGAGAUCAAUGCCUUGAUGGGGCCGUCCACCUUCUCGCUCGCUUGACGCGAAUCCGCAUCGAAGAGAGCAUGGCACAAGGCGAGAGGCCAACCGAAAACACGGCUCUCCGGCAAAAGAUAGCUGACCUGGAGUCCCGACUUGAAGUUCAAACUCAGCAGUUAUCAUUAGGAAAUGCAAAGCUUCUAGCUAUGGAAAAGGAAGUCGAAGAGACGAGAAAGGAGAUAAAGGAGAUGAGGAAGGAAAGAAACGUUGAAUCUCAAAGGCUGGAGGAAAUUUCCCAGGUGCUUGGGGUAUUGGGCAAUGCGGCAAAGCUAUUCAAUACUCCCGCCAUGCCACCGUCCACUGGAGCUGCAAGUUGA